AUGCCACAGCAAGUUGAGCUCCUUGACGGCGGCACUGGCGAAGAGUUGUUCCGCCUUGGGGUCCCAGACGACCGCAAGACAUGGUCGGCAUAUGCAUUGACCCAUGACGAGUUCCACGGCACAGUCGUCGACGUCCAUCGAUCGUACCUUCUGGCUGGAGCGACGUACAUCACGACAAACAAUUACAUGGUGACGCCAGCGGGCCACUUUUCGCCCGAGGACAUUCCCAAUUACGUCAAGGUUGCUGGACAGCUCGCGCGAGAUGCCAUCAACUCAUCGACUUGGAACAGUCCUAGGAAAGUGUGUGGGUCGCUGCCUCCGUUGUCGGAGAGUUACCGCCACGACCUCGUGCUCCCCGCCACCGAUGCCAUUCCCUUGUACACAGUCAUUGGGGAGUCAUUGAGUCCAUAUGUGGACCUUUUUUUGGCGGAAACCAUGUCCUCGAUCGCCGAAGCUCGCAACGCCCUGACAGGGGUCCAGCAUCUCGGCAAGCCCGUGCUUGUGUCGUUCACGUUGAGGGGCGACGGCGUCCUUCGCAGCGGUGAAACUGUCGCAGAUGCUUUGGCCAUGUUGCAAUCCAUGGCGCAUCCAGUGGUUGUCGGGGUACUUUUCAACUGCUGCGAGCCGGAAGCCGUCACAAUUGCCUUACGAUCACUCAUAUCGUCUUCGUUUGAGUUUCGGAUUGGAGCGUAUGCCAAUGCCCUCACGCCCGUCCCUGACGGAUGGGUCAUGGAGGGUGCCAGUCCCCAGUCUUUCCGCACCGACUUGUCCCCGACCGAGUACCUCGAGCAUGUCCAGGAGUGGAUCCGUCUCGGCGCUUCCCUCGUCGGCGGGUGCUGCGCCGUGGGCCCGCGGCACAUCCAAGCAAUUCAUGACGCCGUCAUCGUGGGUGCUGUUCCCGCUGUACAUGAUGGGACUAGUGCUAUUCGUCAUGGCUAAGCACACUAGCAUACACCUGACAUGCAUAACGUGUUUGGUGAAGAAUAGUAGUUACUCCAUAGUAGUGCCAAGUCGUUCAAUAUCGCAUGGCUCAGAAAUUUGGAUUCGUGACAGGUUGGUCAUUGUACUACUCCUGGUCCGUUGAGAGUAGUUGUAGUUUUUAAAAGCAGUCAACGUCAUCGCAUAUUUUAUUUG